AUGUCCACCAUGGUCGGCGACGCCGGCGCAAAGCCAGCAGCAGCCUCAACAGCCGCCAAGCCGUUGGGCAUGAGAAAGAAUGGCAAACAAUGGCAUGCGCCAAAGAAGGCCUUCCGCCCGGGCUCAGGUCUGACAUCGUACGCGAAACGGGCCCAGGACAGGGUUGCGCGAAUAGCAGUAAAGGCGAAAGAGAAGGAGAUGAAGGAUGAGAAGGAGGCGGAAAGACAGGAACGGAUAACGAAACUGAAGGAGAAGCGCGCGGCUAAGGAGGAGAAGGAGAGAUAUGAGAAACUGGCUGAGAAGAUGCACAAGAAGCGGGUCGAGAGGCUGAAGAGGAAGGAGAAGAGGAACAAGCUCCUCAACUCUUGA